CCCGGCCCCCGCGGCUCCCCGGGAAGAUUAUGAGGGAAACAUGAGGCUGAUGCGGCGCUGGGUUUUGGCGGCUUCCUUGGUCCUCCUCCUCCGGCCAGGUCCCGGAUCCUCGAGGUCCCCGCCUCCCGGAGCCCUGCGCUGGGGUCCGGUGGGGCCGGGCCCCGGGCCCGGGGAGCCGCCCGCCUCCGAGCUGACCCGGCCCAGCCGGCUGGUGCGAGGCCGGGCCGGGGGAGAAGUCCGCAAGCAACAGCUGGACACCCGGGUCCGCAAGGAGCCGCCCCGGGGGCCGACAGAGCACCUGGCUCGGGUGAGCUUCCUCAUUCAGGCCUUCAGUUUGGCCUUCAUCCUGGAUCUGGGGCUGAAUCACCACCUCUUGUCUUCCCAGUACGUGGAGCGCCACUUCGGUCGCGACGGGAGCCUGCGGCACAGCUCGGGGGCUGGAGAGCACUGCUACUACCAGGGCCGACUGCGUGGAAAUCCACAAUCCUUCGCUGCCUUAUCCAGCUGCCAGGGGUUGCAGGGCGUCUUCUCAGAUGGAAACUUUACCUACACACUGGAGCCUCAGGAGACUGCCUCGCCGACCCCAAACCCAAACCCAAAGAUGCCACGGGAACGAGUUAUAGGACAUGGGAGCCGGGCUGGACUGGGCGGACACUCCCAGGGUGUAGAGGAGGGACCCGUUCCCCACCUCAUCUAUCGGUCCCCCGCUUCCCGCCCGGCUGUGGGCUGCACAGAGCCAGGGUGCCUGUUUGACGCCCCCGGCCUCGGCCUGGCUGCCCCGCCCCGGGCCCGACUAAGGAGGAAAAGGCAGGUCCGGCGGGGACACCACACGGUCCACAGUGAGACCAAGUACGUGGAGCUGAUCGUCGUCAAUGAUCACCAGCUGUUUGAGCAACUGCGCCAAUCCGUCAUCCUCACCAGCAACUUUGCCAAGUCCGUGGUGAACCUGGCCGACGUGAUGUACAAGGAGCAGCUGAACACGCGCAUCGUGCUGGUUGCCAUGGAGACCUGGGCGGCGGGGGACAAGGUCCGGGUGCAGGACGAGCCGCUGGACACGCUGGGCCGCCUCAUGCGCUACCGGCGGGAGGCCAUGCCCGAGCCCAGCGACGCCGUCCACCUCUUCUCGGGCAGGACCUUCCAGAGCUCUCGCAGCGGCACGGCCUACGUCGGGGGGAUCUGCUCCCCGGCUAGGGGAGGGGGCGUCAACGAGUACGGCAACGUGGGGGCCAUGGCGGUGACCCUGGCCCAGACCCUGGGCCAGAACCUGGGCAUGAUGUGGAACACGCAUCGCACCUCGGCAGGGGAGUGCAAGUGUCCGGACACCUGGCUGGGCUGCAUCAUGGAGGACACGGGGUACUACCUGCCGCGCAAGUUUUCCCGCUGCAGCCUGGACGAGUACAGCCGGUUCCUGCAGGAGGGCGGCGGCGGCUGCCUCUUCAACAAGCCCCUGAAACUCCUGGACCCCCCCGAGUGCGGGAACGGCUUCGUGGAGGCCGGAGAGGAGUGUGACUGCGGCUCGCUGGCGGAGUGUGCCCGCGGCGGCGGCAGCUGCUGCAAGAAAUGCACCUUGACCCACGAUGCCAUGUGCAGCGACGGGCUGUGCUGCAGGGGCUGCAGGUACGAGCCACGGGGGGUGUCGUGCCGCGAGGCGGUCAACGAGUGUGACGUCCCGGAGACCUGCACGGGAGACUCCAGCCAGUGCCCCCCUAACCUGCACAAACUGGACGGUUACUACUGUGAAAACGACCAGGGCCGUUGCUACGGAGGCCGCUGCAAAACUCGGGAUCGCCAGUGUCGGGCCCUCUGGGGCCAAGGUGCCGCUGACCGGUUCUGCUACGAGCGGCUGAACGUGGAGGGCACCGAGCGGGGCAACUGUGGGCGGAAAGGCUCCGGCUGGGUCCAGUGCAACAAGCAGGACGUGCUCUGUGGCUUCCUUCUCUGCGUCAACAUCUCGGGGACCCCCAAGCUCGGGGACUUGAGCGGGGACAUCAACAGCUUCACGUUUUACCAUCAGAGCAAGGAGCUGGACUGCAGGGGUGGGCACGUGCAGCUGGCGGACGGCUCGGACCUGAGCUACGUGGAGGACGGGACGCCCUGCGGCCCCAACAUGCUCUGCCUGGACCACCGGUGCCUGCCGGCCGCCGCCUUCAACUUCAGCUCCUGCCCCGGAAGCUGGGACCGAAAGAUCUGCUUCGACCACGGGGUUUGCAGCAACGAAGGCAAAUGCAUCUGCCACCCGGACUGGACCGGCAAGGACUGCAGCGUCCACGACCCCCUGCCCGCGCCCCAGCCCACCGGCGAGACGGAGCGAUACAAGGGGCCCAGCGGCACCAACAUCAUCAUCGGCUCCAUCGCGGGGGCAGUGUUGGUGGCGGCCAUCGUACUGGGCGGCACCGGCUGGGGCUUCAAGAAUAUUCGGCGCGGCAGGUACGACCCGACCCAACAGGGGACAGUGUAACCCCGCCGCCUCCACCGUGUCCAUCCCACCUGCCCAACUCCAUCUGCGCCUCCCUCGUGCCCGUCCCUCGCCGUCUGCAUCCCAUCCAUCCUCCCCCAUUGGGCCGGCAGGAGGGGUCCCGGCCCGGGCCCGUCUCCGGCGUCCUCCACCCCAGGGGCAGCUCCCCGACUCCUCCUUCCCCGGUCCCCCUCCUGGUCUUGCCCCGACCUCCCGACCGGAGGCCGAAGCUCCCCACUUCACCCCCAAAGCCCCUCAUACCGGCCCCAAGACCCCCCAGGCCUGUCCCGAGGCCUGUCCGUCCGUGUCGUCUCCAUCCCAUCCCAUUCGCUGUCAUCCCGGCUGUCCACACUCUGGUCCCGGGCCUGCCUCCGCUCCUGGCCCGGACCCCUUCCCCCCCCAGUGGAGGGGUGUCGGCGGGGGGGAGAGGGGGAGGGAUCCUGUCGCCCCCUUCCCCUCCCGCGGUCCGUCGUCUGAGCCCCUCUCUCUGUUCCAGGUCUGGUGGCGCCUAGGCCCCUCUCCCCACCCCACCCUUCCCGUGCCCAUUGUCUACACUCUCAGGGGCAAAGGACCCUCCCCCCAUCGCCCGGCACCGAAGGGCCACAAGCAAGUCUUCCGGGGGCCACGGGGCCAGAGUCACGGGAGGGACCCCAGCGUGGUGACUCAGGGGCUCCGGUCCGCCCCCACCCCCACCCUGCGCUGGCGGAGGUGCUCCGGGCGGGAGGACCCUCCCCCCUGCCCCGUCCCCGGCCCCACAUCCGACUUUGCCCGGCCCAGAACUCUUCCCUCCCCCUCCCCGGCAGCCGUGGUCUGGGACUUGGCCAGGGACCAGGCUCUGCUCCAGACUGUACCAGCGGGCAGGGGGUGGGGGGGAGACAGCCUCUGCCAGCCUCUUGCAGCCCCAGUUUCGCCCUGGCACGGGCCCGAUCUCGCCCUCAGCACAGCCCUCAAGAGGAACAGAACGCCGCGGGAACCGGCCUCGGGGAGGUGGCAGGGGGUCGACCCCGGCCCCGUCCGGUGCCCGCCUCCCGACUCUGCACCGUGGCAGGCGGCCGCCUGCUGUCGGGGGCGUCGGCUCCGGCCCGGCCCAGGCCCCGCGGCGGGGGCCCCGGUCCCCGUACUAGCCGUCCAAGUCGGACUGAGCACCGGGAUGGAUCAGAGCUGGGCCGGUACGGGCCCGUGAAGCCGGAGGCACCGGGGCCUGCACCGGGAGAGCCAGAGCCAGACCCUGAUUAACCGCCACCCCACCCCAAAUGUUCAGGUUUAGCGGCGCCCUGAUCUGGGGCCGCUCCCAAGGGAACUGGAGUUCCCUGCCUGCACUAGGGUCGGGGAGGGUGAACUGCCUUCCGAGGGAGAGGCUAAAGGGGGGCUCUGACCAAGGGGAAGAAUGUAGGGGGGUGGGGUCUGGUCCCGGAGGCUUGUCGCACCCCCUUCUCCACCCGCUUUCCUCUCCGAGGGGCCCGUCUGCUUUCCCAGUAGCUCCUAGUUCUGGCUCGGGGGCCCACCCCUCAAGACCGAAGAGGAGCCAGAUCCACAGCUUCUCCCAGAGGGAGGGGGGUCCCAGCUCUGCCCACCGUUGGGGGGGGCGAUGAGGAUGGUGGGUGGUAAAGGUGGGGGGCCCCGUCUGGGGCGGGAGCUCUGGAGCCCAAGCCAGGAAAAUCCCCCCCCUACCCCAGGACUGCAGCUCCCCAAUACAGGGUCGACGUCCGGGUCUGGAGGGAGGGGCCGAAGGCCUCCGCGGGGCAGGCCGAGUGAGAUCUGGUCACUCGCCGCCCGUCCAGGGCACAACUGGAUUCUCGGGGGGGUGGGGGGAGGGCGGGUCCGGUCUCCCUGCUGGCCGGGAGCGGGGCGGUCCAGGGUAGGGGUGGGUGCCCCCGGGCUCUGGGGCAGUUCGAGGGCAUCGCCAAGGUAACGGUUGACCCCGCCGGGGGCCACCUCCGCCCGCCCACCCACCCUUCCAGGGCAAAGGGAUUCUGUACUGGGGCAGCGAUGCCUUAUCUAGACUCCGGGGCAGAACCCGUGCGUGCGUGUGUGUGUCUACACGUGUUGGCACGAGUGCGUGCACCUGCGUGAAUACCUCUGCGCUCACAUGUAUACACGUGUGUUUACCCGUGUGUCUGCGUGGUGGGGGCCGGGGGCCCGUCGGGAUCCUCUCGCUGGCUCGGCACCACCCCUCGUCUAGAUUUCUGCAGCUGCUGCCAACUGCCCACACGGCCCCUGUAAAUACACCGGGGGGAGGGGAGGGUGGGGGGCUUAGGGCAGGGAAUUAAAGACUGACCCGGCGGGGCUUCCAAUGGGCCCGCGGGUUCACGCCA